CUCAGUUCUUUUGUUUUAUUUAUUUAAUUUCUUUUUCUUUUUAAUAAUAACAUAAUGGCAGAUUCAACAGAUGUUACAAAGUUAACAGCUUAUUCUUAUGUGACACUAGUGAUAUUUAUAUGCGUUAUAAUGUUAGUGAUAAGGCCUAUUAAAUUUAGGAUAGGUCCUUAUAUUAAAAUCUAUUUGAAUAUUGCAACUGUUCCCCCUUUGGGUGUUUUAAUCUUGCUUAUUUGUCGUGCUAUAGAUUUUGAUAUUGUUAAAAGAGGUUUUUUAGGUACAAUGGGUGUACAACCAUGGGCCAUUCUUAUUCUAUUCUACUCUUUAGCCUACAUUUGUAUUUCUUUAGACAUGACAGGCAUCUUUCAAUUUUGCGCUUUUUGGGUAUCAAAGAAAGCAGGAAAUCGAGGAAUGUUGGCUUUUACUCUCUUUUUUAUCCUUACCAGUGUUAUGAGCGGUCUUACGAGCAAUGAUGUUGUCAUCUUGACCGGCACCGUCUUUCUUUCCUAUUUUACCAAAGUGUCCGAUAUUCGUCCUACUGCCUUUUUGAUGAGCGAAUUUACAACAGCUAAUAUUGCCUCAAUGGCUCUAUAUAUUGGUAAUCCGACUAAUGUCGUUGUCUCUGAGGCUUAUGGUAUCAGCUUUAUUAGUUAUUCAGCCUGGAUGCUAUUACCUACCUUUGUCUGCAUUCUUUUAGCUUACGUUGUACUGCGUAUCUUGUUCCGAAGCCAUUAUUAUCUACCACGUACCAUUAAUCCACCUGAUGCUGAACCUAGAUCUGUAUUGAUUGAUCCCCAUGGAGCCAUAUUCGGACUGAUCCUCUUGGCUUGUUGUUUGAUUACGCUCGUAGCUACUUCCUUUGUGAGCGUACCUGUCUGGAUGGUUACUUUACCGUUUGCUUGCGUUAUGUUCAUUAGAGACAUACGGCAUGAUCUGGGUAUCUCAUUUAGUCACAUUUUAAACAUAAAACGUCGCUUUCCGAGACCAUUUUUACAUACAGCACAGCAUGAUCAAGUCUUGGUCUAUGAUGAAGAUAAACAUCCAUCAGUGGCAGAGGCUAAUGAUGAUAAGGGAGAGGGUACAAAUAUUCCGUUACCUAUUUUAAAAAAAAGGAAUAGUAUAACACGAAUCAUGACAAAUAACACAACAACAACAGAGUUGAAUCAUCACGGAACAGCAGCACUUGUCUUAUCAAAUGAUCAAACAACCGACAUAGGUACUAGCCCACUUGGACAGAAUCAUGUUGGAGGCAUUUUUUCACAUCAGAAUCAAGCACGACGAGGAGAGGAGGUCUUGUCAAGUCUACGACUUAGAUCAGGUACGCCUAUGCUUGAAUCUCAGCCACUGCCUCUACCAAUCAUCAAGAAGACAGCAACCCCCAUUGAAGAGAAUCCAUCAGCCCGAAUGACCACCAGCAGUCAGAACCCCACACGUCUCGAACUCUAUUUUUGGACGCCUCUCUAUCAUCUUACAAAUUGGUUUGGAACCCAUUUUCCUACCCUUAAAGCCGUCUUCUUACGCAUGCCCUGGGCUAUUCUCCCUUUUAGUCUUGGCAUGUUUAUCUUGAUUGAAACCCUUUCCGAAAAAGGAUGGGUGGGAAUUUUUGCCACAGCCAUGGCUAUCUUUGCAAAAAAUUAUGCGACCGCCGUUCUUGGGACUGUGUUUGUAUCUAUCCUAGCAUGUCAGCUAUUGAACAACCUGCCAAUGACUAUCUUAUUUACACAAAUUAUUCAACACCCCAAUUUUACACAGCACGUACAUGAUGAUGCGACUAUGCAAGGAUUUUUGUUGGGGUUAAUCGUUGGAAGUAAUUUAGGGGCGUGUUUAACACAAGUUGGUAGUCUUGCAGGCAUCAUGUUUGAUCAUAUUUUAAAGACAAAAGGUAUUUAUACAUUGGGGUAUUUUCAAUUUUUGAAAUGGAAUUUAGCCAUCUUGCCACUGAUUGCUUUAGGGGCAUGUGCUGUAUUAAUAGGUGAAAUUUGGUUUAUUUAUCUUCGAUAAAUUGGAUGCAAUUUAAGGAGUUCUAUUGUUAUAUAAUAUCGAUUAUCAUUGCAUAAGCGUAUAUGUAUAUAAAUAUAGAGAGAGAGAAAUAAUAAAUAAAGUUGACAAAUAAGAAAUAGAAAAGCUAUCAUGGUCGUGUACACAACAUUACACAAUAAGACUAUCCAUUAUAAACUAAAAAAAAAAAAAAAAAAAAAAAAAAAAGGAUCAUUUUGGAGGGAAAGAUAAAAAAAA